UAAUCAUCGCAUCAGUGACGCUCGUUUAGCAGAAGAGGUGAAAGAGAGGGAAUCCCCCCUUAACGACAAAUGUUUAAAUAAUACAAAUGUCGAACGUAUUAUUUUGUUAGUGUUGGUGAUGAGAGCGUGUAGAUAACUUCUAAUCAUUUCAUUAAUUUCACAAGAUGGCUUUUGAACUUCCCAAAAUGCUCUUAAUUUUUGGGAUAGCUUUAAUUAUACCUGUCCUGACGGCCCCGGCAGAUGGCGAGCAAUCUAUGGUUGUUAGCAGCACGGCUCCAACUACGCCAAAAGAGUCCGAAAAGGAGGGAAAACCCGUUGAAAAUGCACCAAGUGUUCCACAAAUUUAUCAAAUGCACGUUAAAUCGAUUAUCAACAACCGUUUUGCACAUACAACUGUGACAAGUCGUGUGAGAAACUUUGGAGAUAAAGCACAAGAGGCGGUAUUUUCCAUUGUGUUACCAGAAUCUGGUUUCAUAUCUGGAUUUAUAAUGGAAAUAAAUGGUAAAAACUACACCGCUUAUGUUAAAGAAAAGGAAGAAGCCAAACGUGAUUACGACAAGGCUGUUGCCAGUGGAUUGGGAGCAGCUCACGUUGCAGUAAGCGCUCGGGACUCGAGCCGUUUUACUGUCUCUGUCAAUAUCGAACCAGAAGCAAAAGCCGCGUUUUAUUUGACAUACGAACAACUUCUCAAGCGGCAAGAUAGCCAUUAUGAGCAAGUCAUUAAUAUUCAUCCGGGCCAACCUGUGAAAGACCUGAACGUGGAGGUCUUGAUUUCGGAAAGCAGGAAAAUUGUGGACUUGAAGGCCCCACCUCUACGUUCUGGGAACGAAAUCGGCACGGACAAGCCUGAAUUGGACCCUCGAGCGGAUAUUACCAUCCACAAUGAUACGGCCGCGAUGGUCACGUUUAGUCCAAAUUUGGAGAGGCAAAAGGAAUUGGCUCACGUAUUGGGUACCAAAGAGGAGCAAGGUCUUUCUGGACAGUUUGUGGUGCAGUACGAUGUUGAGAGGGAUCCAAGUGGAGGCGAGGUCUUGGUCCAAGACGGUUACUUUGUACACUUCUUUGCGCCCACAGACCUGAAACCAUUGCCUAAGCAAGUCGUAUUUGUACUAGAUACUAGUGGCAGCAUGUGGGGGCAAAAGAUAGAACAACUCAAACAAGCCAUGUUAAACAUUUUGGACCAGUUAAACGAACAUGACACAUUAAACUUGGUGGAAUUUAACAGUAAUACAAAAGUGUGGAACAUACACGACCAAGAACAGAGCGUCUGGUACCCACAUAAAAACACUUUCUACUAUUACAAUCAAGGUUCCGACAACCAGCAGCCUGUGGUAACCUUAGAAAACGCCACAUUUCCACGCGCCUACCCCGCAAAUGCAGACAACAUCAAAAAGGCCAAAGACGCAAUUGCAGCUCUCAAAUCUGAUGGCUCGACUGCGAUGUUUGGUGCGUUACAGGUAGCUUUACGCCUGGUGGAACUGGAGCGUACUCAACCGUCCGAAAGUGACUCAAUCAAACGCCAACCCAUAGUCAUAUUUCUAACGGACGGUCAACCUACAGACUUAUCAACCGAUGAAAUUAUUACGCAAAUUACGGAAUUCAAUUCUGAGGCGAAGAAAUCGGCCAUUUUCGCUUUAGCAUUCGGAGAUGGUGCCGAUAAAGACUUCUUACAAAAGUUGGCUCUUCGAAAUUCGGGAUUUUCUAGGGUCAUUUAUGAGGGAGGCGACGCUUCACUGCAACUUCAAGGUUUCUACCGGCAAAUUUCAUCGCCAUUGCUCUCCGACGUCACUUUCAAAUACGAGCCUACAACGACCAGCCUUACCAAGACCAACUUCCCCAUUCACUUCGGCGGUUCCGAAAUUGUGGUAGCUGGUUUCUGCGGCACCAGAUUCCCUACUCCCAUUAUUGACGGAAUCGGGAUCGGUGGACCGAUUUCGCUAAAACCUGUCGUCACUAACACGGUUUCUAACAUGGAACGAUUGUGGGCGUACAUGUCGAUUAACCAACUGCUGGAAAAGAAGGAGGCUUCCGACGCCGAUAAAGAAAAAUUGAAGAAACAAGCGUUAGAGCUCGCACUGAAGUAUAACUUUGUCACGCCAGUGAGUUCAUUAGUCGUCGUAAAACCCAACGACACAAGCGCCGUGGAUACAGAAGAAGCGAAGCAAGGUGUAGGGGGACUGCCAGGCCUGCCUUUGGCAGGAGGUGCAGGUGCUCCUUAUGGCGCAUUUGCGUCAUUUGCAGGCCCUCCAGCAGCAUUUGCACCUGCUUCUGCUAUUUUACAUGCACGUCCUAGUUUAGAUUUUGCAGGAGCAACCUAUCGACCAAUAUUAACCACUUAUAUGACAACCGCCAAACCAAAGUCACCACUCGAAAUGCUCAUGGACGCGUUGCCAUGGUUAAACGCAAUUUUAGACAAUGGUUUCAUCAAGGCUCCACAAGGUUCUUACAAAUUAGGUUUAAACGAGACAAUAUCAGAGAAAGUUACCUGUCCGAAAACGCCUUUCGAUCAAGAGGGGCAUUGCGCACUUCUACACGAAUGCCCACAAGUCCAUUCUAAGUUACAAACGUCAACAAACUUUUUCGAUCAUUUCUGCAUUUUAAAGGAUGAGUUUGCCGGUAUUUGCUGUCCUAAUUAGUUUAUAAUUUUUUAAUGUGUGACUUUUUGUAUUUUUCCAAAAUAAUAAAUGACUGUACAGUCUAAUUUUC